UUGAAUUUUAAACGUAGAAAACGUGAAUUGUAUUCAUUCGUGAGAGUGGUUAUCGUUACUUACAAGAAGGACCGAGAUGGCUGAAAGAAGAGAAUUUUUUACAUGUCGGGAUGUGCUUUGGUACCUCGUUUUUUGUGGUUUCGCCAUCAAUUAUAUGUUGAGAUUAAACUUGCACUUGACAAUUGUGUCAAUGGUAAUACCUCCUGAAACACCUGGAAAUAAUGGUGUAACCACACCUUCGAAUAUUUCAAUUUUGAAAUAUGAAGAUCGAUUUGCAUGGAACGAAAACGAACAGAAUUUAGCUUUGGGAUCUUAUUUCUGGUUACAUUGGACAACGCAAAUUCCUGGUGGGUUUUUAGCAAGAAAUUAUGGUACGAAAAUUGUUUUUGGAAUGGGAAAUUUAUUACCAGCGAUCAUUGGCUUCAUUAUCCCGAUUGCAACAUAUCAGCUUUAUAUUCUUGUGAUUUUACGAAUUCUUCAAGGUUUUUUCGCAGGUGUUGUGUGGCCUUCUAUGCACAAUAUGACUGCCAAAUGGAUUCCUCCAAAUGAGAGAAGUAGAUUUGUUAGUUCUUAUUUGGGUGGUUCUGUAGGUGCUGCUAUCACUUAUCCACUUUGCGCAAUAAUUAUUAGAGGACUCAAUUGGGGCGCCACUUUUCACAUAACAUCGUUGAUCGGUGUCAUUUGGUAUUGCUUCUGGUACUUCUUCGCGUUUGACACACCUCAGCAACAUCCUCGAAUAUCUGACGAAGAGAAAAAAUAUAUUUUAGACAGCAUUGCCGAUUCAGUUGAUGAAGAGGUGAAAAAAGUACCUUGGAAAUCUAUAUUAACAUCGAUUCCAGUUUGGGUUGUAAUAAUUUCACAAACGGGUGGAGGAUGGGCUCUCUUCACCUUAUUAACGCACGUUCCAACUUACUUCAGCGUCAUUCAUGGAUGGAAUAUUACCAUGACUGGUAUUAUUUCUGGAGCUCCACAUUUAUUGAGAAUGGUUUUCUCAUAUUAUUAUUCAGUCUUUAGUGAUUGGCUCAUAACUAAUAAGAAAAUGAGCGUAACUAAUACUAGAAAAUUGGCUGUAUUUGUAUCUCUUGGAAUGCAAGGUAUUUUUGUCUGCCUAUUAAGUUUUUGCGGAUAUUAUCCAGUACUUGCAGCGAUUUUCAUGACAUCCGGAGUAGCUGUAAAUGGCGCACUUUCCGCUGGUACUUUAGCAACCCUCGUGGACUUAAGUCCAAAUUUUGCUAGUAUUAAUCUUGGUUUUUCUGGAAUGAUAGUAUUAAGCCUUGCAUUUGUUCCACCAAUUGUGACCGGUCUUUUGACAGUGGAUAAACAAACCGUAUUGCAAUGGCAAAAAGUUUUUCUUAUAAGUGGUGGUGCUUCUGUGCUUGGGACUAUUGUAUUUUUAAUAUUUGGAACGGCAGAGGAGCAACCAUGGAAUAAAUAUGAUGUUUAAACAUUUAAAUGGAAGGAUCAUCAUUCUAUAAUAAAUAUCUGGAAAAGAAAAAAACAAUAAUAUCUUAAACGUAGAAAGAAUUAAUAAAAUAACAAGAUCCACGAUGCAGUUGGAAGAAGAAUUAAGAUUAUUGAAUAUUAAUACAUGUGUCAAAUGUACUGGAGAAAAGAAACUGAUUUACGAUUGUUUAAAUAAGGAUCAAAAGAAAGUAUAUAACAAUAUAUGCAAUUUAUUUAAGAAAAAAGAUAAUGCAAUUGUUGUGAUUAACACUCCAAGCGGGACCGGUAAAACAUUUCUUUUAUCUACUUUCGUUGCAAAUUACGAGA